AUGGCUGUUUCUCCAAAUUCCUGCCUCUCCAGGUAUCUGCUCAUCUUCAUGCUCCUGCAGCUGCCCAAGCUGGAUUCAGCUUACUUUGAUGUGAUUGGACCCCAGGAACCCAUCCUUGCUGUGGUGGGUACAGACACCCAGCUGCCUUGUCAUCUCUCCCCAAACAUGAGUGCAGAGCACAUGGAGCUACGAUGGUUUAGACAAACGUUGUCACCGGCAGUGUUUCUGUACCAAAACCAGCAGGAGCAGGUCAGGGAGCAGAUGCCUGAGUACCAAGGGAGGGUGACCCUGGUGAAGGACAACAUCACCACUGGACAUGCUGCUGUGAGGAUACAUGGUGUCAGGGCCUCAGAUGAUGGGGAGUACCGAUGCUUUUUCAGGGAGAAUGAAAGCUAUGAAGAGGCUAUUGUGCAUCUGAAAGUGGCUGGUGAGUGCACUGAAGAAUUCUCACAUUCCCUGACUACCAUGCUGAAUUUAUCUUCCUAUGGGUCUCUUACUAUGGAAACCACCAGAUUCAUCUCCGAAUCUUUUGCAGAGGGUUGGCAGAACCCCAGGUGCAGUGGAGAACUCCCACAGGAGAGACUUUAUCAUCCAGCUCCCUUCUUCCCAAGACUGACUCCCUGGAUAGUGUCGGUGGCUGUUGUGCUAAUUGUCUUAGGACUUCUCACCAUUGGCUCCAUAUUUUUUAUUUGGAGAUUGUACAAGGAAAGAGAGAGGACGAGUAAAUUCAGUUCUACAGAGAAACUACUAGAAGAACUCAAAUGGAAAAAGGCUACAUUGCAUGCAGUUGAUGUGACUCUAGAUCCAGACACAGCCCAUCCUCAUCUCUUUCUGUAUGAAGACUCAAAAUCUGUUCGACUGGAAGAUUCACGCCAGAAACUGCCUGACAAACCAGAGAGAUUUGACUCCUGGCCCUGUGUGUUAGGCCGUGAGACUUUCACUUCAGGAAGUCAUUACUGGGAGGUGGAGGUGGGAGACAGGACCGAUUGGGCAAUCGGUGUGUGUAGAGAGAAUGUGAUAAAGAAAGGAUCUGAUCCCAUGACUCCUGAAAAUGGGUUCUGGGCUGUGGAAUUGUAUGGAAAUAGAUACUGGGCCCUUACAGCACUGCGUACCCCUCUCCCAUUAGCAGGAUCGCCGCGCCGUGUUGGAAUUUUCCUGGACUAUGAAUCAGGAGACAUCUCUUUCUAUAACAUGACUGAUGGAUCUCAAAUCUAUACUUUUCCCAGUACUUCUUUCUCUGGCCCCCUCCGGCCAUUCUUUUGCCUAUGGUCCUGUGGUGAAAAGCCCUUGACCAUCUGUCCAGUUGCUAAUAGGCCUGAGGGGGUUAUAGUCGUUGCUAAUAGCCAGGACCUUUCUAAGGAUAUCCCUUUGUCCCCUGUGGGGGAGGAUUCUGCCUCUGGAGAUACUGACACUCUCCAUUCUAAACUAAUCCCUUCCCAAUCCAACCAAGGGCUACCUUAA